UAGACGUUGCAGUGUUAACAUAUACAAUCUUAAGCUCAAAUGUGAACCAGUUCUAACUAGUUGUUUUCUUUUUACCUCAUAGUGCUAUAAAGAAACAUGUCGCCUGUAACUUCAUCUGGAGAUAUGAACGGGGUAGGAGAGAAAUGGACUCUAAACAACCCACUUCAAGAAGUAGAUAGUGAGGUUUAUGAGAUGAUCAAAGAUGAAAAGGAUCGCCAGAAGAAAGGUCUGGAAAUGAUUGCUAGUGAGAACUUCACCUCCCUUGCUGUAAUGGAAUGUAUGGGAUCGUGUCUAGCCAACAAGUAUAGUGAAGGUCAACCUGGUCAAAGGUAUUAUGGUGGAAAUGAGUUUAUUGAUAAACUUGAACUACUUGCUCAGUCCAGAUCUCUGGAACUGUACAAUCUGGAUCCAGCAUCCUGGGGGGUUAAUGUACAGCCGUACAGUGGUUCACCGGCCAAUUUUGCCGUGUACACUGCCCUCGUUGAACCUCAUGGUCGAAUAAUGGGCUUGGAUCUUCCUGACGGUGGUCACCUUACUCAUGGGUUCUUCACAAACAAAGCAAAAAUAUCCGCUACUUCCAUCUUCUUCGAGUCUAUGCCGUAUAAGGUCGACCCAUCAACUGGACUGAUAGAUUACGAUGCUCUGGAGAAAUCAGCUGCACUGUUCAAACCUAAACUGAUAAUUGCUGGAAUCAGCUGUUAUGCUAGAAACCUGGACUAUGCCAGGUUCCGUCAAAUUGCUGAUCAAAAUGGAUCUCUUCUGAUGGCUGAUAUGGCUCAUGUUAGUGGGUUGGUAGCUACUGGACAUGUUCCAUCUCCAUUUGAGUUCUGUGAUGUUGUCACUUCUACAGUACACAAAACCCUGAGGGGCCCUAGAGCUGGUAUAAUAUUCUUCAGGCGUGGUUUGAAGGAGGUGGAUAGAAACGGAAAGGAGAUUAUGUACGAUUACGAGAAUAAAAUAAACAUGGCGGUUUUCCCAGGACUUCAGGGUGGUCCUCAUAACCACGCCAUUGCUGGUAUAGCGGUGGCAAUGAAGCACGCUGCCACGCAGGAAUUCAAGGACUACCAGACCAACGUAGUCAACAACGCCAAGACACUGGCUGCUGGUCUGGCCGACCUAGGAUAUAAAAUUGUAACAGGUGGAACAGAUAAUCAUAUUGUGCACGUAGAUCUAAAAUCAUCUCACGUCAAACUAUCAGGAGCAAAGGGUGAAUUGAUCCUUGAGCAAGUUAACAUUUCUUGCAAUAAGAAUACUGUUCCAGGAGACAAAUCUGCGCUCAAUCCAAGUGGUAUUCGUCUUGGAACACCGUCCUUAACCACAAGGGGUCUAGGUAAAGAGAAUAUUAUGACUGUUGUUGGAUUUAUCGAUGCCGCACUCCAUAUUGCAGUGGAUGCGCAGGCGCAGUCAGGGCCAAAGCUGGUAGAUUUUAAGGCAAAGUUAGAAGACGAAAAGUUUGUGUCACGUGUUCAAGAACUGAGGAAUAAAGUCGAAGAAUUCGCCGCGGCAUUCAGACUUCCGGGUCAUGAUGAUAUCUAAGCAUGUGGGGAAUGAAGUCAGUGAGACUUAAGAAAGGUCCUAAAUCCAUCUUCUACAUUUUUGCUUUUCUCUUAGUAUUUCCCAUUUCCAGUUAAUAUAAAAAAAAUCAAAGAUUUGUCUGAAUCUCAACUAAGACCAUCAUUUUUACACAUCUUAACGUUGAGUAAAUACAAACGUAAAGAUCUGAUUUUGUGAACGAACGCUUUUAUUACAACAUUUAAUCAAAA